GCAGACCUUCAAUACCUCAAAUUCCUGGGUAUCCCUAGCUCCCCCCAAACGCGCGCGCGCGCGAGCGAGUGAGGGAAAGGAAGGGAACGCAGAGAGAGAGAUGGGGAGCUCACCAAACGACUUCUCGGUGGUGGUACUGCCAUCGGACUAUGGAAUCGACGCGAGGCCGUUCCUCACGAACCAGGAGAGAGUGUCCUCACAAGAAGAAGAUGAAGAAGACCAAGACAAUUGGCACGACUGUCCUCAGCACCUCUCUUCCGACGAGGACUUCUCCGAUCUCGAGCUCUUGCAGUUCUUUCGUCCCCAAGGCCGUGACAAAUCUGGAAACCUGAUUUUCCGUAUUGUCGGAAAAUACUUUCCCGCUCCAGUUGUGAGUGGGGAUAGGCUAAAGAGGUACAUAUGCAACAAACUAUGCAGUGACUCUCCAGAAGGGCCAUACUGCAUUGUUUACAUGCAUAGUACUGUGCAAAAGGAGGAUAACUCCCCUGGAAUAACUAUCUUGAGGUGGAUUUAUGAAGAACUUCCUAGUUAUUUGAAGGAUAGGCUUCAAGUUGUGUACUUCAUUCACCCUGGACUUCGCUCAAGGCUUGUCUUUGCCACUCUUGGCCGAUUUUUCUUAAGUGGAGGCCUAUAUUGGAAAAUCAAGUAUGUAAGCCGCCUGCAGUAUCUUUGGGAUGAUAUAAAGAAAGGAGAGAUUGAGAUUCCCGACUUUGUAAAAAUUCAUGAUGAUGUUCUUGAGCAUAGACCAUUAACAGAUUAUGGGAUCGAACCAGACCCUCUUCACAUGAUUGAGGUGCCAUCAACUGCAUAUUCAUUUGGAAGGUAUGAGGAGAGAUGGGCAUCAAGAGAAUAUACGUCUUAGGCGCUAUAUAAAUAGCAGAUUCCUGGUAAACUAUGUGGGUUGAGAUGCGCUACCAUAUGUGUAUGCCUGCUCUAUACAUAGUUAUAUUAAAGUUAUCUUCUGUAGCCAAAGUUAAUUAUUGAAGACGUUGAUUGGUAAGUAGAUGUAUGUACUCUAUUUGUCCAAUUUUAGCUUCGAGACACUUGCGUGUAUUGAGUAUUAAUGUGCUUUCUAAAUCAUGGUUUACAUGGAUGUAUUUGUACCAUGUAUUCGUAA